AUGACAAAACGACAGCAUGAAACAAAGAUGGCGUACGCGUAUACCGACUGCAUCGCCCGCCAGUUUGUGACAAGGAGGCCCCCUCUCGCUGACCGCUCGGCUCCCGCGCGGCCGUCGAGCACUCCAGGGCAGAGAUGCAGGCCACCUUGCGCCGGCUGUACGCGCUGCCUCCGCCGGGCGCCUUGGGGCCCCCGGGCGGCGGAGGCGGCGGUGGCGGCGGGGGUGGCGACAGCUCACACUCCGCCCGCCGCGGGCAACCGGCCGAACCGGGCUCGCCGCGUCGCAGGCCACGCCAGUCCCGCCUUUCCCGCGUCCCGCAGCAAUCAGCACAGCAGCAAACAUACCAUCAUCAGCAGCAGCAGCACCACAUCAACAGAACAGCAGCAGCAAGCGUCGCGUGCUUGUAGCGGCAUCGCCGCCGCGGCCGCCGCCGCGCCGCGGCCACCAGGCCUCCGCGUCCGCUCACGGCGCCCCGCCGAGCGCGCCGCCGCCCACGCAAGUCCUCGUUCCGCAUCAAGCCCUGCUCGCCCCGAGGCGCCCGCCAGCCCCGGCGACAAGCGUGCCACCGCCCCGCCGCCGACGCCCCCGCCCCCGCGCAGUAACGCUCUGCGCUCAGCCUCCACAGCUUUGCCAACCGUGGCGAUAAAAGAGCAUGUACCGUGUUCGAAUAAAAGAAAAAGAAAAAAAUUCACGAUGCAUGAGAACUCCUCUGUGUACAAGGAUAUAUCUCCGGUGUCAUUCGGUGUCGUGUAUGUAUUGUGUCAUGUGUUUGUGUUGGGCGCGCUGAGGGAAUAG